UCCUAGAGAUUGACCCCCCUCCCCCUUAAAAACCCCAGGAUCCUAACAGAUGAGCCCUGACUGUGGUGAGCUGUGGGGCCGCUGAGACUACAGGCCAGCUGCUAUUUUAUCCCCUGACUUUCUUUUUUCACUAGUCGCACUGCUGUUUUUGUACGACGGCGUGCGGGAUCCCGACUGCCGCCUCUUGGGUAGCGCUCCAUUGGCAGCCCGACGCGGUCCUAAAUACAGCGGGACGAGGGGGUCCUGCGAAGGAGACAAAGUGUGGAGGGCGAAUUUGCUUUAAGUGCGGCGGUGUCUACGCAAAUGCAAGUGGCAGGCAACGGCGAGGAUGUUUUGAAUGGAAAAUCUGGCAUUGUGGGAAGAGUUUGCUGCCUCUGACCCCGGCGGCUACCAGACAGGCGAGUGUGAAAUCUGUAUGAAAGAUACGAAUGGAUACAAUACACAAGCAGAAAUGGCACGAUUCACUGCGGACAAUCAAAUCUCUGACUCUGGGAAAGCAGAGGAUGCAGUCUUCACUGGCACUUGAUGUCAUUAAUGGUCUGGAGAUGGUAUCUGCUGCUGGUGGAUGGUCAGUUGGGGGGUGGCUGCCAACACAAGACAGAAGCAUCAACUUCCCCCAGGAGGAAUUAUUUCACAGUGGAAUUGGAGGAAUUCUGGAUCUAAUUGUUCUCCUGAGUGGGCUGAGCUGGGAUUGGGUGCAUGGACACUGUAAGGAUGAGUGUGAACGAGAAGGGGGCUUACCUGGUGGAUCUCGGGGGCAGCUUCACUGAGGAUGCCCCCAGACCACCGGUGCCGGGUGAGGAGGGCGAGCUGGUGUCCAGUGUUGGGCGGCAGUAUGGCAUGGGUUUCUACUCCAUCAAGAGCGAGAGCCUCAAGAGCGAGGCCUCCACAGCCACGCCCAGGCGGCCCGACCUGGACCUGGGCUAUGAGCCCGAAGGCAGCGCCUCGCCCACGCCUCCCUACCUGAAGUGGGCCGAGUCGCUGCACUCGCUGCUGGACGACCAAGAUGGCAUCCACCUGUUCCGCACGUUCCUCAAGCAGGAGGACUGUGCUGACAUGCUGGACUUCUGGUUUGCCUGCAGCGGCUUCCGCAAGCUGGAAACCAGCGACGGCAACGAGGAAAAGAAGCUGAAGCUGGCGAAAGCCAUCUACAAAAAGUACAUCCUGGACAACAAUGGGAUUGUGUCUCGACAGAUCAAACCAGCCACAAAAAGCUUCAUCAAGGACUGCGUGAUGAAGCUACACAUUGACCCCGCCAUGUUCGACCAGGCCCAGACUGAAAUUCAGACCAUGAUGGAGGAGAACACCUAUCCUUUAUUUCUCAAGUCUGACAUUUAUUUGGAAUACACCAGGACAGGUGGGGAAAGCCCCAAGCUGUACAGUGACCAGAGCUCUGUGUCGGGAAAUGGAAAGGUUCUGCCGGGCUACCUGCCCACGUUAAACGAGGACGAGGAGUGGAGGUGCGAGCAGGAGCCUGAGGAGCAUCCUGUAAAUGACCCCACGUCUGGUACCCGGCUACAGCCGAAACUCUUCUUGGACUCUGUGCCUCAACGUGUGGACAACAAGAGAUACCACGACAGUCGGGAGUACAGGCAUCCAUCGUGGAGGGAGCCUUUUAACCCGUACUACAUCAACACCGGCUAUGCUAUGGCACCCGCCACCAGCGCCAACGACAGCGAGCAGCAGAGCAUGUCCAGUGAUGCAGACACCCUCUCCCUGACAGACAGCAGUGUAGACGGUGUCCCUCCUUAUAGAUAUCGUAAACAGUCUCGACGAGAGAUGCACGAAAGUGCCAAAGCUAAUGGGCGAGUGCCACUACCUCAUAUUCCUCGCACAAAUCGGAUGCCAAAGGAUAUCCACGUGGAACCAGAGAAGUUUGCGGCCGAGCUGAUCAGCAGGUUGGAGUCGGUGCUGAGAGAGCGCGAGGCCCAGGAGAAACUGGAGGAACGUCUCAAGAGAGUCCGGCUGGAGGAGGAGGGAGACGAUGCAGACGUCUCCACAGCACCAUCGCUGGCCAGCCACAGGCUGCCCCCUGCUGUCCACAUGCAGCACUACGGCGCACGCUACUCUGACGUCAGCUACAACGGUCUGGCUCUGAGAGACGCUCACGAGGAGAAUCCCGAGAGCAUCCUGGACGAGCACGUGCAGCGAGUCAUGAAGACGCCCGGCUGCCAGUCUCCGGGGACGGGCCGCCACUCGCCCAAGUCUCGCUCGCCAGACGGCCUGCCCUCGGCCAAGGUGCCGGGGAUGGCCGUGCCGCUGCCGGGAGGCCAGAGCAAGCACCAGGCGCGACUGGGACCCAACGCUUACCAUCACAAACACGUACACCACACACACCACACCACGGGCGGCAAGCCCAAAGAGCAGACGGACGCGGAGAUCAGAGGCCACGGCGGCUUCGCCUGGAACAUGGAGCAACACCACUACGGAUCCAAGAUGCGGAACUACGCAGACGGGAUGGGCGCUGGACCCAACGCUAUUGACCCCAUGGGUUACGGAAGUAAAGGUGGCACGCUGUCGAAGAGAACGUUUAAGAAAGGAGAGGACAUGCGGAACUUCGAGAUGAGAGAACCGAUGCCUCCAGAUGAUCUGGACAGAAACCAGAAGAUCCUCCAGUGGAUGAUGGAGGGAGAGAAAGAGGCGGGUCGCUACAAGAAGAGCCCCUAUGGGAGCAUUUCAGGAUCGAAGAAGGGCCAGAGCCAUGAGCCGGGCAGACCUGGUUCUGUGGAGCGACCGGGAGCCGUGCACCCGUGGGUGAGCGCGCAGCUCCGCAACAAUGUGCUGCCCUCGCAUCCAUUCAUCCAGGACCCCACCAUGCCUCCCAACCCAGCUCCAAACCCUCUCACGCAGCUGGAGGAGGCGCGCAGGCGGCUUGAGGAGGAGAAGAAGAAGUCUGGAACCCUGCAGACCAAGCAGAGGUAUGUGAUGGAGGUGAUCCAGAGGGGCCGUGCCAUCCGGCCCGCAGCUUUCCCCCCGCUCAGCGUGGUGCCUGCCGUCUCCGACACGGAGCUCUCCGAGGCAGAACACAAGGGGAUGAAAAAGCAACCAUGUGAGAACAUCAUCGUGGCCUAUUACUUCUGCGGAGAGCCCAUCCCGUACCGGACUUCAGUGAAAGGGAGGAUCGUCACGCUGGGACAGUUCAAGGAGCUGCUUACCAAGAAAGGGAGCUAUAGGUAUUAUUUCAAAAAGGUGAGCGACGAGUUUGACUGUGGAGUGGUGUUCGAGGAGGUACGCGAGGAUGACGCCAUUCUGCCCAUCUUCGAGGAGAAGAUCAUCGGCAAAGUGGAGAAGAUCGACUGAGACGGCGGGAGGCAGAUGGAGAUGGAGGAGAAGAAGGAGGCACAGCGGGAGAGCUGGAGUCGUUCAGGAGAGUCCGGAAAGAGAAAGAGAGCGGGGACGGGGACGUGUUGAGAGAAGGGACUGGGUACGUGGAUCUACUGGAAUUGGCGCGCGAGAGAGAGUUGUCGAGAAAUGGAGAGGAGGGGAGAGUGGUGCACUGUGGGAAGCACGCUAUUGACUCCAAGGCUUCUACCUCCGCACUAAAGCCUUUUCUAGUCCCACACAGCUUGCCCUGUGCUGCCUGUGCUACCACGCAGUCGGCGUGACCCGCAGAGAGCCUCCGGACGUACGCAGCAUACGGAGCAAGGCAGCAUACUCUCACCCUUUUUGAUAUAUAUAUAUAUAUAUAUAUAUAUAUAUAUAUAUAUAUAUAUAUAUAUAUAUAUAUAUAUAUAUAUAUAUAUAUAUAAUAUUUCUAACUUUGACAUGUAAUGUAGCAAUGUAAAGUUUGACUAGAAAAGAAAAGAAUUACUAUGAAAUAUGUUUACUAAAGUAUCACAUAUUUUUGAUAUGACGUAUCAGAAGGAAGGUAUCCUUUCUAAUGUAACAUCUCUUGUAAUUUUAUAUGUACUGGUACCAGAUGUGUACAGACUGUCUGUUUAAAACAACAAAAAAGAGAAAAAGUUUUAUAUCUAUUUAAAUAUUUAAAAGAAAAAAGCUAUUGGUUUUUAAUCUUAAAACUGUGGCACAGAUCAAGUUUGAGAAGAUGGCAGUUUUUCUUAAGGCUGGUGGGGGAAAAAAACAAACGAAUGGAAACUAUGAACCAUAGUCCAUGCUCUACCAAGUGCUUUUAACCCUUAAACGCAAUCUUAUCAGUUCUCCACUCAGAGUGGCGCCGGCCCGUGCUGCACUUUCACCGCGUUAUGCAUUGAUCUCAGAGGGGAAAGAAGGUGAAUUUUUUCCAUGGAUGUCUUUGAACGGUCAUGCCUUUAUGUCUGGGUUCUGCAGCUCUGGUCCUGGAGGCUCAAUGUCUAGCAGUUUGGUGAUUUUUAGCACAAUUUAACACAGUUGAACAUCACCAAACAUUUUCAUUCAUUUUGCCUUUUUUUUUUUUUUUUUACCAUUAACUAUGUUAAAAUAGCCUAAACUUUUUUCAUUUUGCUUUUCAAAGAAAUGAAUUUAAAGAGCUACAAAAUAGUUUAGAAAUAUUUAUUAAAUGCCUAACUUUUUCAAUAUCACAGCAGACAUAUCAAUUUUAUUCAACAUAUCAUCUUUUCAACUUUAAAAUUAUAAUCAUGGCUUUGAUUUUUCCAGUGCUUUUCCAGUCAUAAGUGUACCUCAGUUGUGCAUUUUUAAUCAUACACUCGUAAACUCAGCAGUACUAUAUAUUCCCUUAAAGGGAUAGUUCGGGAUUUUUGACAUGAAUCUG